GAAUGCUGGUGGCUGUUGGAAUGUUAAAAGUGCAUGAUAAGGGAACUCAAUUUUCUCAAACGCACUUCAGUGUUUCCGUUACAUUUCAACUGUCAUGUUAAAAAUAUCAGGUUAGAUUAGAUUAACUUUAUUGUCAUUGCCAGUGUACAGUACAAAUAUUCAUACAAAUAUAAAUAUAUGUGAAUACCACUGAUCUAUAUAUAUAGAUCAGUGGUGAAUACACUAUAUUACACAUGUACAGCUAUGCACAGUAUAUACAUUAUACAGUACUGAAGUAGUGCAGUAUUACAGAGGACAAAUUACAGGUGUGGAUGGACAUGGGAUGGAGUUCAAUUGUCUGAUUGACUUAAAUAUAUGAGAAUGAUAGUCAAAAUACCAUAAAAGAGCAUGAUUUUAUGUAAAUUAAUAUGAAAAAACUCUCAGCUGUGUUGGGGGCCCUGUCAAGAUUCUUUUCAUGGGGCCCAAAAUCCUCAGCAGCGCCCCUGUUACAAGACACUGUGAGGGGCAGUGACAUCUCAAGGACAGUGUAUAAAAGAUGAACGUGGGGAAUUUUCCAAACCUACAAUCAGUCACACACUCUUCAGAAGGGGUCGCAAAAAUGAUGGCCGAUUACGAAAUGUUUCUGAAGCCCUGGGGAAACUUCGUGAUAGAGGGCGCAGGUCACGGAGGAGAAGUUCUGAAACGUUUGUUUCAGAAGCAUCCGGAUACUCUAAAGCUCUUCCCGGAGUUCAAGAGCAUUUCUUACGUGGAGUUGGGGAAACACGGCAAGACUCUGCUGGAGAAGCUGGGUGAGCUGCUGUGGGCCAAAGGAAAUCAUGCUGCCAUCAUCCAAAAGCUGGCCACCUCGGACGUCAAAACAGACAAGAUCAUCCAUAAAUACUUCAGGAUCAGUGGGGUGCUGAUGGAGGUGAUGAAGGAUUAUGGGUUUCUGAGCUCAAACGACUGGAAAAAGCUCGAGAGAGUCAUGGACAACAUCGCUAAGGAUAUCUGAUUCACCAGUUAAAGCACUUGUCUUGUUUAUGCCAUUAGUGAAAAGAAGUUACAGUGCAGCUAAUACGAUUAAAAACUAUCAACAGAAAACAAAUCAAAAAUAAACAUGCAUCUGUGUUCAGAGGUUUUCUUGUGUGAUUUAAGGCAGCCUAGAUGCUUCAAAGGCAUAUUGUCAGAGAUUUUUGUCAGGGCAGCGCCAUGUUUAAUUUGGGCAAGAAUGAAUACGAGGCUGGUCUUUCUGAAUUAAACUUUAUAAUUGAAAAAACUCCACAAACAGUUUUGAAAAUUGUGAAAAUCGCGUGAUCUUUCUACAUUGGUGUACAGUCCCUAACAGCCUCGCUUUCUUCCUCGUUAGAUUCAGAAUGAUGAAUCUCAGCUGGAAUGAGCAGAGAGCCAAUCACGUCAGGUUUAGAAGGUCAGCUGAUCUGAUGAUGUCAUGACAGUGACCGCAGGGUCUCAUGAGGAGCCUCAGAUUAGUUUGACUUAACUUCAUCUUAAUUGCACUUGAGUGAUUGCACAAAUAAUAAUUUGGGAGAAAAUGACAAUUGAAAUAGUUCCAUGAAAUCCAGUGAUGCCUCUCUUAUUUUGAAAGAUCAGAUUCUCUACACUUGCUUUGUCUUACUAUAAUUAAUCUGCAUUAUAAAUAAUUUGUUUCACUUUUGUAAAGCAGCACUUAUCAAUAAAUGUCACUUUUACUGGGAGAAAA